AUGGCAAACAAACUGACCGCAGUCAUCGUUGUUGCUCUCGCCGUGGCAUUCGUGGUCAAUCUGGAUUAUGCCAACUGCAGCCCUGCUAUCGCAACCAGCUACGACGCAAUGGAAAUUUGCAUCGAGAACUGCGCUCAGUGCAAAAAAAUGUUCGGCCCUUGGUUCGAGGGAUCCCUUUGCGCGGAGUCCUGCAUCAAAGCCAGAGGCAAAGACAUUCCGGAAUGCGAAAGCUUCGCAUCCAUCUCUCCAUUCCUGAAUAAGCUUUAA